UUGGUCCGCUCUGCAGAUAAAUUUCGCUUGUCAUCUCCGAAUAACGGUACUCGACUGGAGGGCUGGACUCGGACUUCAGUCAGAGAAGUGAAGUGGCCUUCGCCCUCACUCUGUAACGAUGUCCGAAUUUAUCCUUGUCGUUCUUCUCAUACUGGGAUUCGGGGAUAUAUUUUCAAAUGUUCACACGCUGAGAAGCGCCGGUACAGAGAAAGAGCCAGUUCUGUGUGAUCUUGGGGAAUUUCUGUGUGCUGACCAUCUGACCUGUGUCUCUGCGGGCUGGCUCUGUGACGGAGAGCCUGACUGUCCAGAUGGCUCUGAUGAGGCCCUGGAUAGAUGUGCUGCAGAAGUGACAGUCAGAUGCCCCCUAAAUCACAUCCAGUGCACUGGCUCCAGGAAGUGCAUUCACUUCAAUAAACUCUGCAAUGGGGCCAAGGACUGCGAGGAUGGCUUUGAUGAAGGAGUCCACUGUAGAGAGCUCCUGUCAGCCUGUCACGAGCUGCACUGCCGUUAUGGCUGCAUCAUGACCAGGAACGGCACCUUCUGCUUCUGCGCAGAUGGCUUCGAGGUGGGCGAGGAUGGGCGCAGCUGCAGAGAUCAUGAUGAAUGUGCCGUGUAUGGGAUAUGCAGCCAGAGUUGCGUGAACACCUAUGGGUCAUAUCACUGUGGCUGCACAGAUGGGUACAGCCUGCAGCCUAACAGACACUCCUGCAAAGCCAAACAAGAGCCUGGUGAGAGCCCUGCCGUUCUGAUGAUUGGAAGCUCGGAUAAUAUUGUAAUCACAGCUCUAAAUGGGUCCAGCCUGCAGAAUUUGAAACUCCUGGACACAAAUUGGACCCAUGCCUUGGACUUUAACCACAAUGAGGAAUCUGCUUGCUGGGUCACAUCCUCCGAGUCCGCUGGACAGCUCUGGUGCACCAAGAUGAGGAAGCCAAGUGGAUUUUCCAAGGAACGGGAAAUAAAGACAGUGCUGAAUCUUCACAAUGUCGAGCAAAUGACAGUUGACUGGCUUACAGGAAACUUCUACUUUGUGGACCGAGCAAGCGCCAGGAUAUUCGCUUGCAGCCGGAACGGUGACACUUGUGUCACUAUAAUAGAUCUGGACCUGUUGAAUCCAAAAGGAACAGCUGUGGAUCCUCUCAUGGGGAUGCUAUUCUUCACCGACUAUGGAAACAUGGGAAAGCUGGAACGUUGCAAUAUGGACGGCACCAACAGAACGCGAAUUGUGGAUUAUAAGAUUGAGCAGCCAACCGCAGUAGUGCUGGACCUAGUGAAGAAACUGGUUUACUGGGCAGAUGCAUAUCUGGAUUACAUUGAGGUUGUGGAUUACAAUGGCAAGAACAGACACACUGUCAUCCAAGGGAAUCAAGUGGCCUACCUGCAUGGAUUAGCUGUCUUCGAGGACUACUUGUAUGCGACUCGCUCUACAUCCCUUGAUGAAGCUGUGUCAGACGUCUUGCGGAUAAAUCGUUUUAAUGUCACAGACCCGGAGAUGCUAACUAGCAUGGGGAACUCCAGGGCCAUACGCGUUUACCACAAACUCACUCAACCAAAAGUCCGGGGCCAUGCGUGUGAGGUUAACCCCUACGGGAAGGCUGGCGGAUGCUCGCACAUUUGCCUGCUCAGCGGGAGCUACAAAUCCAGGAGCUGUCGUUGCCGCACGGGCUUCAUCUUGGGAAGUGACGGCCAGUCGUGCAAAAAGCCCAAGAACGAUCUCUUCCUUUUCUAUGGGAAGGGCCGCCCUGGAAUAAUUCGUGGCCUGGAUAUAAAUGCGAAGUCCAGCAAUGAACACAUGGUGCCUGUAGAGGACUUGGUGAAUCCAAGGGCACUGGACUACCACGCUGAAACUGGAUAUAUUUACUUUGCUGACACCACAAGCUUUCUGAUAGGGCGGCAAAAGACUCAUGGAUCCAGCCGAGAGACAAUUCUCAAAGAUGAUCUUGAUAAUGUGGAGGGCAUUUCAGUGGACUGGAUUGGAAAUAACCUCUACUGGACAAAUGAUGGCUACAGGAAGACUAUUAGCGUGGCCAGGCUGGAAAGGGCGGCUGACACGAGGAAGACUCUGUUAGAGGGAGAUAUGUCGCACCCCAGAGCCAUAGUUGUUGAUCCACUCAGCAGCUGGAUGUACUGGACGGACUGGGAGGAGGACGAAGUAAACGACAGCAUUGGCAGAAUAGAGAAAGCCUGGAUGGACGGCACCAACCGCAAGAUAUUUGUCACCUCUAACAUGCUGUGGCCCAAUGGACUCACCCUGGAUCAUGGAACCAGUACCAUGUAUUGGUGUGAUGCUUACUACGAUCACAUAGAGAGAAUCUAUCUCAAUGGCACUGGUCGAAUGGUGGUCUACAAUGGUAAAGAGCUGAAUCACCCCUUUGGUAUUUCACACUAUCACACCUCCAUCUUCUGGACGGAGUACAUGAACGCCUCCAUCUUCCAGCUGGAUGUGCUGUCUGGUGAGGUCACCCUGCUGAGGAGUGAGAGACCUCCUCUCUUUGGACUCAAAGUGUUUGAUGCGCAGAGUCAGCAGGGUGACAACGCCUGCAGGGUGAAUUAUGGAGGCUGCGGUACCCUCUGCCUGUCUGUCCCAGGGGGCCGAGUGUGCGCUUGUGCUGACAACCAACACCUGGACAGAAACAAUAUCACCUGCUCAGACUCGGUUGGCGAUGGCGAGGCGCAACGUUGCAGGCUUGAGGAAUUCCAGUGCAGGAAUCAGCGGUGCGUGCGGGUAGCAUGGAUGUGUGAUGGCGAUGACGACUGCUUGGAUGGCAGUGAUGAGGAGGCCCAUGUCUGUGCUAACCACAGCUGCCCCAUGGACCAGUUCAGAUGUCUCAAUAAUCGCUGCAUUCCCAAACGCUGGCUUUGUGAUGGAACCAACGACUGUGGAGACAAUGAAGAUGAGUCCAACAAGACCUGCUCAGCAAAGCAGUGCCAGUCUGGUCAGUUCUCCUGUGGAAACGGACGGUGCAUACCCGAGGCCUGGCGCUGCGACCGCGACGAUGACUGUGGCGACAUGUCUGACGAGUCCACUUCCUGUGCCUUCCCAACAUGUGAGCCACUUACCCAGUUUAGCUGUGCCAACGGGCGCUGCAUCAACAUCAACUGGCACUGUGACUCAGAUGAUGAUUGCGGAGAUGGCAGUGAUGAGGUUGGCUGUGUCCAUGCCUGCUCCAGUGGCCAGUACCAGUGCUCCACUGGGAGGUGCAUCCCGGACCACUGGGCAUGCGAUGGGCACAAUGACUGUGGUGACUUCAGUGACGAGAACACAACCUGUACAGCCGUUGCCCCUGCCCUGCCCCCCGUGGAAUGCAGCGGCGAGGAGUUCCACUGCCGUGCUGACGGCACGUGCAUCCCUGAGCGUUGGCGCUGCGAUGGCGACAGAGACUGUGAGGAUGGCAGCGACGAAAGUGACUGUGUGGGCAUCAAGAGGAUGUGCGACCCUCAGGCCAAGUUCACCUGCCGAGACUCAGGGAAGUGCAUCAGUAAGAGCUGGGUUUGUGAUGGCGACAACGACUGCGAGGAUCGCUCAGACGAGGACUCAUGCCAGUCGUCUGUCUGUAAACCCCCCACGCAACCCUGCGGCAACGACACCUCCACCUGCCUGCCGCCCCACAAGAUCUGCGAUGGGAUGAGCGAUUGUGCCGACCAGUCAGAUGAAGGCACCUUCUGUGACAAAUGCCUGCAAGGUAAUGGGGGUUGCAGUCACCAGUGUACAGUGGCUCCCAGUAAAGGGGUGGUGUGCUCCUGCCCUGCUGGCCUCCACCUGGGCGUGGACAACAGGACAUGUGAGGUGGUGGACUACUGCACCAGACACCUCAAGUGCAGUCAGAGGUGUGAGCAGUUCAAGACCGCUGUCAAGUGCUCCUGUUACAGCGGCUGGAGGCUUGGCCCAGAUGGCGAGAGCUGUCACAGUACCGAUCCCUUUGAAGCCUUCAUUAUCUUUUCCAUCCGGCAUGAGAUCAGAAGGAUAGACCUCCACAAGCGUGACUACAGCCUACUUGUUCCGGGGCUGAGGAACACCAUAGCGCUGGACUUCCACUUUAACCUCAGCCUGCUCUACUGGACUGACGUGGUGGAGGACAAGAUCUACACGGGCAAGCUCUCAGACACUGGAGGUGUCACUGGGAUUGAGGUGGUGGUUCAGCAUGGUUUGGCCACUCCUGAGGGCCUGGCGGUGGAUUGGAUUGCAGGAAACCUUUACUGGAUUGACAGUAACCUUGACCAGAUCGAGGUGGCCAAGCUGAAUGGAGAAAUGAGAACCACCCUGAUUGCAGGUGGCAUGGAGCACCCUCGGGCUAUAGCACUGGACCCAGGCCAAGGAAUUAUUUUCUGGACAGACUGGGAUGCCAGUUUUCCACGGAUUGAGGCAGCAUCGAUGAGUGGAGGUGGAAGACAUGUAGUCUUUAAGGACAUGGAGAUAGGAGCCUGGCCAAAUGGACUCACACUGGACCAUCUGGAAAGGCGCAUAAUAUGGACAGAUGCUCGAUCGGAUGCCAUCUACUCAGCCUUGUAUGAUGGUACUGCGGUGAUUGAGAUCCUCAGAGGACAUGAAUACCUCUCCCACCCUUUUGCAGUCUCUCUUUUUGGAGGAAGCGUAUACUGGACUGACUGGAGGACCAAUACUUUGGCUAGAGCCAAUAAAUGGACUGGACACAAUGUGACAGUUAUCCAGAAGACUAGUGCCCAGCCUUUUGACCUACAGAUUUAUCAUCCCAGCAGACAACCAGAGGCAUCCAACCCUUGUGGAGCGAACGGUGGGAGAGGGCCCUGCUCACAUCUCUGCCUCAUCGAUUACAAUCGCACUGCAGCUUGUUCCUGUCCCCACCUCAUGAAGAUCUCUCCCAACAACCGUUCCUGUGUGGCACUGAAGAGGUUUUUGCUCUAUGUGAGGCGGUCUGAGAUCCGAGGUGUGGAUAUCGAUAAUCCCUACAUGAACAUCAUGACCGCUUUGACUGUUCCUGACAUUGAUGAUGUCACAGUCGUGGAUUACGAUGCUCUAGAUGAGCGGAUUUACUGGGCAGAUGUGAAGACUCAGACCAUAAAGCGGGCCUUUAUCAAUGGAACAAGCCUUGAGACAGUCAUAUCAGGAGAUAUCCAGAACUGCCGUGGAUUAGCGUUAGAUUGGCUCUCGAGGAAUAUGUAUUGGCUGAGUUCUGAGAACGAAGAGACCCAGAUCAAUGUGGCUCGACUGGAUGGAUCUCUUAAAACCUCAGUCAUUCAUGGGAUUGAUAAACCAAAGUGUCUGACAGUACAUCCAGCUAAAGGGAAGAUAUACUGGACAGAUGGCAACACUAUUAAUGUAGCCAACAUGGACGGGAGUAACAGAAAAGUUCUUCACCAGAACCAAAGAGAGCCAGUGGGCCUCUCAAUAGACUUUCCUGCAAGCAAGUUGUACUGGAUCAGCUCAGCCAAUGGCACGAUCAACAGGUGUAAUCUGGAUGGCAGUGGCUUUGAGGUGAUUGAGACCAUGAAGAGGGACUUAACCAAAGGCACAGCUCUGGCAGUCAUGGGUGGCAAGUUGUGGUGGGCAGAUGAGGAUCUGGCCCAGCUGGGGACAGUGGCCAAGCGGGAUGGCCGCCAUCCCGUGGUGCUGCGCAACAAAACCAGCGGUGUGGUGCACAUGAAAGUGUACGACAGAGACGGCCAGAGAGGGAGGAACGCCUGCCAGCUGAACAACGGCGGCUGCUCGCAGCUCUGCCUGCCGACGUCCGAGAACACACGUAGCUGCGCCUGCACUGUGGGUUACCACCUACGCAGCGACCGCCUCUCCUGUGAAGGCCUGAGCUCCUUUCUGAUUUACUCUGUCCAUGAGGGGGUGCGUGGAAUGUCUCUCGACCCCACUGAACACACAGAGACUCUCAUGCCAAUAGGUGGAACCCUGUUUGCUGUGGGAGUGGACUUCCAUGCAGGCAAUGACACAGUCUACUGGACAGACAUGGGCCUGAACCGAAUUUCCAGGGCCAAGAGGGACCAGACAUGGAGAGAGCACAUUAUUACCACUGGCAUCAGCAGAGUGGAGGGCAUCGCUGUGGACUGGAUCGCUGGCAACCUAUACUGGACAGAUCAUGGUCUCAACCUCAUUGAAAUUGCACGUCUGAAUGGCAUGUACCGGUCUGUGGUGAUCUCUGAAGGUCUGGACCAGCCCAGAGCCAUUGCAGUGCAUCCACAGCGAGGGUACUUAUUCUGGACGGAGUGGGGGAAGAAUCCCUGCAUAGGCCGGGCACGGCUGGAUGGUUCAGAUCAGGUCAUGCUUGUUAGCUCUGGUAUUGCCUGGCCCAAUGGGAUCUCCAUUGACUACGAGGAAAAUAGAUUAUACUGUGCGAACGCUCGAACCGACAAGAUAGAAAGGAUCAACCUUGAGAGGGGAGAGCGAGAGAUUGUACUGUCAGCCGCCAACGUGGACUUGUUCUCCGUGGCUGUGUUCGGGGCUUACAUCUACUGGUCUGACAGAGCCCAUGCCAAUGGUUCCAUCCGCCGCGGGCUCAAGAGCGAUGCCACAGAGGCUGUGACGAUGAGGAGCGGCCUUGGUGUCAAUCUGAAAGAUGUGAAAGUCUUUAACAAAGGCCGGGAGAAAGGCACAAACCCCUGUGCCAGGAGCAAUGGCGGUUGUCAGCAGCUCUGCUUCCACCUGGGCAGGGCAGAGAGGACAUGCUCGUGCGCGCAUGGUUACCUAGCGGAGGACGGCUUUGCCUGCCAGAGGUAUGAGGGCUACCUGCUGUACUCGGAGCGCACCAUCCUGAAAAGCAUCCACCUCUCGGAUGAGAGCGACCUCAACUCCCUCCAGCCUUUCGAGAACCCCGACUUCUUCAAGAACGUCAUAGCACUCGCUUUUCACUAUGGCGAACACACCUCAGAGCCCAGUCGCAUAUUCUUCAGUGACAUCCAUUAUGGGAAUAUUCAGUGAUUUAACGAUGACUGGACUGGAAGGCAAAUCAUAGUUGACAAUGUGGGCUCUGUAGAGGGCCUGGCUUAUCACCGGGCCUGGGACACUGUGUUCUGGACCAGCUCUACUACGUCCAGCAUCAGCAGACACACAGUUGACCAGAGCCGACACGGAGCCUUCAACAGACAGGCUGUAGUUACCAUGUCUGAAGAUGACCAUCCACAUGUCCUAGCCCUAGAUGAGUGUCAAAGCCUGUUGUUCUGGACCAACUGGAACGAGCAGCGACCAAGCAUCAUGCGUGCCACGCUGUCCGGGAACAACAUCAGAGUCGUCAUUAGCACAGACGUGUUCACACCUAAUGGACUCACUAUUGACCAUAAAGCAGAGAAGCUCUACUUCUCUGAUGGGAGCCUUGCAAAAUUGAGCGAUGUAUAUGAUGGCUCCAGCAGGCAUGUAAUUGUAAGGUCAGGGUCGGGGACCUUUUUUGGCCUGGCAAUUCAUGGGAAUUACAUCUUCUGGUCUGACUGGGCCCGGCGGGCUGUGCUUCGAACGAACAAGUUCACAGGCGGUGACACCAAAGUGCUGCGGGCUGAUAUACCUCAUCAGCCUAUGGGGAUUAUUGCAGUAGCCAAGGACACAAAUGACUGCGAGCAGUCCCCGUGCAGGGUGCAUAACGGAGGCUGCAGCGACUUGUGCGUUCUGACUCCAGACGGCACGGUCAACUGCAGUUGCCGCGGGGAGCGAAUCCUGCUCGAUGACAACAGAUGUGUUUCCGUGAACUCCUCUUGUAGCAUCCACACCCAGUUUGAGUGUGGAAACGGCGAGUGUGUCGACUACCAGCUGACUUGCGAUGGGCUACCUCACUGCAAAGACAAGUCUGAUGAGAAAAUGCAGUACUGUGACAACAGGAGCUGCAGAAGAGGAUACAGACCUUGCUACAACCGGCGAUGCAUUGCCAACAGUCGCUUUUGUGAUGGAAUUGAUGACUGUGGAGACAACUCAGAUGAAUCUUAUUGUAAUAAUGUCACAUGUGCUGCCUCUGAGUCAUCAUGCCAAGAUGGCGCUUGCAUACCAAUAUCCUCUUGGUGCAACCAGGCCAUCGACUGUGCUGAUGCCUCUGAUGAAAAGAACUGUAGUAACAAAGACUGUUCAGAUUUCUACAAAAUGGGGGUGUCAGAAAAGGGCUUCAUCAGUUGCAACUCUACAUCAUUGUGUAUCCAUCCUUCCUGGCUCUGUGAUGGAGCCAAUGACUGUGGAGAUUAUGCAGAUGAGAUGAACUGUCAGGUUUCCCAUGGGCACAGGUGUGAGGAGGGACACUUUGCCUGUCCCAGUGGGAACUGCAUCUCCAGCGUGUGGCUCUGUGAUGGGCAGAAGGAUUGUGAAGAUGGUGCAGAUGAGUUCCAGUGUGAUUCCUCCUGUCUGUGGAACCAGUUUGCCUGCUCCAAGAACAAGUGUAUAGCCAAGCAGUGGCUGUGUGAUGGGGAGGACGACUGUGGCGAUGGAGUGGAUGAAAGCAAAGAUCUCUGCGGCUCUGUGACCUGCAGCCCUGGAUUGUUCAGUUGCCCGGGGUCCUAUGCCUGUGUGCCCAGGCGCUGGCUCUGUGACGGUGAACGAGACUGCCCCGAUGGCAGCGAUGAACUGUCAGCAGCUGGCUGUGCACCUAAUAUCACAUGUGAUGAAAAUGCCUUCAGAUGUCUUAACAAGGCCUGCAUCCCAAAACGCUUUGUGUGUGACCAUGACAAUGACUGUGGGGAUGGGUCCGAUGAGUCAGUGGAAUGUGUGUACCGCUCAUGUGGGCCGGAUGAAUUCCGCUGCGCCGAUGGACGCUGCCUGCUCAGUACGCAGUGGGAGUGCGACGGUUAUCCGGACUGCCCGGACCGUUCCGACGAGCUCCCUCGUAACCUCAAAUGCCUGGCUGCUGAGAGCCUGUGCAAUGGCUCUUUUUUCAUGUGCACCAACGGCCGCUGUAUAUCGGAGACCAGCCUGUGUGACCAGAGAGAUGACUGUGGAGACCGCUCAGACGAGAAGAACUGCAACAUUAACGAGUGCUUAAAUCGACGUGUCAGUGGCUGUACCCAAGACUGCCAAGACUUACUAGUGGGAUACAAGUGUACGUGUUGGCCGGGGUUCCGCCUGAAGGAUGAUGGGAAAAGCUGUGUAGACAUUGACGAAUGCUCCUCCAGUCUCCCCUGCAGUCAAACUUGUAUCAACACUUAUGGCUCUUACAAGUGCUUGUGUGUGGAUGGUUACGAAGCUUCAGAACAUAACCCAGAUAGUUGCAGAUCUCUCUCAGCUGAAGAGCCAUUUCUUAUACUUGCCGACCAUCAUGAAAUUAGAAAACUAAGUGUUGAUGGGUCUAAUUACACACUACUGAAACAGGGUCUGAACCACAUUAUCAGCUUAGAUUUUGACUACAGGAAGGAGUUCAUCUACUGGGUUGACUCUAGUAGACCCAGUGGUCGAAGGAUAAACCGAAUCCGGCUGAAUGGUAGCGACCUUAAGGUUGUUCACAGAACAGCUGUGCCCAGCGCACUGGCUGUUGACUGGAUCGGGAAGAACUUGUACUGGUGUGAUAUAGAGAGAAAGAGCCUUGAAGUAUCCAAAUCCAAUGGACUAUAUCCCACUGUGCUACUGAGCUCCGGCCUUAAGAACCCCACCGAUCUGGCUCUGGAUGCCCAGUUAGGGUAUGUGUUCUGGAUUGACUGCUGUGAACACCCAUACGUGGGCCGUGCAAGCAUGGACGGUCAGGGCCAGACUGUGAUUGUGGACAAGGAAAUCUACAGCCCCUCCGCCCUUACUGUUGACUACACCAACAAGAGAAUCUACUGGGCUGAUGACAGUCACAUCUUUUUUGCCAAUAUGGAUGGCUCCCAAAAGCACAAAGUUCCUCACGACCAUAUCCAGGGCGUGAUGGGGCUGACCUUGUUUGAGGACUUCAUCUACUGGACAGAUGGCAAAUCAAAGUCUCUACGCCGUGCACACAAAACCUCUGGUGCUCAUGCAGUAGAACUUCUCAAUUCCUGGCAAGCCAUAAAAUCCAUAACAGUGUAUCACCCUCUGCGCCAGCCUGAGGUACCCAAACACCAGUGUCAGGUGGCUAAUGGAGGUUGCAGUCACCUGUGCCUUUUGUCCCCUGGUGGAGGUCAUAAGUGUGCCUGUCCCACUAACUUUUACCUGGCUGCCGAUAACAAGACCUGCCUUUCCAACUGCACAGCCAGCCAGUUCCGCUGUGGCACGGACGAGUGUAUACCGUUCUGGUGGAAGUGCGACACAGUGGACGACUGUGGGGAUGGUUCUGAUGAGCCUUCAGAUUGUCCGGAAUUCAAAUGUCAGCCUGGGCGCUUCCAGUGCGGCACAGGCUUGUGUGCGCUGCCUCCUUUCAUCUGUGAUGGAGAGAAUGACUGUGGGGACAACUCAGAUGAGGCCAACUGCGAUACAUAUAUCUGUCUGUCGGGCCAGUUCAAGUGCACCAGGAAACAGAAGUGCAUCCCAUUAAACCUGCGUUGCAAUGGACAGGAUGACUGUGGGGAUGGAGAGGACGAAACCGACUGUCCUGAGAGCACGUGCUCGCCAGACCAGUUCCAGUGCAAAGCCACGAUGCACUGCAUCUCCAAGCUGUGGGUGUGUGACGAGGACCCAGACUGCGCCGACGGUUCGGAUGAGGCCAACUGUGAUGAAAAGACCUGCGGACCUCAUGAAUUUCGGUGUGCGAACAACAACUGCAUCCCAGACCACUGGAGAUGUGACAGCCAGAAUGACUGUGGAGACAACUCAGAUGAAGAGAACUGCAAGCCAGUGACCUGUAAUCAUAAAGACUUUGCCUGUACCAAUGGGGACUGCAUCUCUGCACGCUUUCGCUGUGAUGGCGACUACGACUGCAUCGACAACUCAGAUGAGAAGGACUGCGAGGUGCGCUGUACAGAGGACCAGUUUCAAUGCCACAACAACCUCUGCAUCUCAGCCAAGUGGUUGUGUGAUGGUCAGGAAGACUGCAAGACUGGGGAGGAUGAGGUGAACUGCCUUGGAACAGUGCUCCCAUCCUGUGCUCUAAACGAGUAUGUGUGUGCCGGUGGGGGGUGUGUGUCGGCUAGCCUGCGGUGUGACGGACAUGACAACUGUCUGGAUAGCUCUGAUGAGAUGGACUGUGUGAAAGAAUGCCGAGAGGAUGAGUUCCUUUGCAGGAACCAUGCCCACUGCAUCGCGAAACGAUGGCGCUGCGAUUACGUGUUCGACUGCGUCGACCACAGUGAUGAGGAGAACUGUGACCAUGGAGCAUUCUUCUGUCGUCCCGAUGAGUUCAUGUGCAACAAUACCCUGUGUAAGUUGCACUCCUGGGUCUGUGAUGGUGAGGAUGACUGUGGUGACAACUCUGAUGAAGAUGCCGAGAUGUGCGCUAAGCUAGCUUGCCCCCCUACAAGGCCACAUCACUGUAGAAAUGAUAAAGUAUGUCUGCGGCUUGAUCAAAUCUGUAACAACGUGAAUGACUGUGGCGACAACUCUGAUGAAGAGGAAUGCGAGGCUAUUUCGGCCAGGCCCAAGCCCUGUGGAAAGACUGAGUUUACGUGCAAGAACAGGCACUGCAUACCUGCUCCACUGCAGUGUGACAUGUUUGACGACUGCGGAGACGGAGGGUCAGAUGAACAGGACUGCAAAGCCCCCUCCAAUGGAGAUAUAUGUGGACAGAGGACGAAUCCAUGCGGAGAGGAUGCGGUGUGCAAUCAGACAAAUAUCAACGCGAUUUGUCAUUGCAAAUCUGGAUUUCAGAGGAAUCUCAAGACUAAACAGUGUGAAGAAAUCAAUGAGUGUCUUUAUUUUGGCACUUGCUCUCAUUAUUGCACAAACACUAAAGGAUCAUACAAAUGUACAUGUGACAAAAACUAUAAGGAUGUCAAUGGCAAUUGUGUAGCUAAAGGACCAGAAGAUCGAGUGCUCUACAUAGCUAAUGACACUGAAAUCCGAAGUUUUGUGUAUCCAUUUAACCAGAGCCAUGGACACAAAGUACUUGCUCGCAUCGAGGAAAAUGCCCGCAUCGUUGGGAUGGAUACUCUCUUACACCAACAAAAGUUUAUCUGGGCUACCCAGUUUAAUCCGGGUGGACUUUUUUACAAAGAAAUCCUAGACAGGAGUCAAACUAAAACAAAUGUGGGAGUCAUAUGUCCAGACUUCCGCCGGCCUAGAGACGUGACGGCUGACUGGAUCACUGGAAAUAUCUACUGGACAGACCACUCUAGAAUGCACUGGUUCAGCUAUUACACAGCCCACUGGACCAAGCUGAGAUACUCCAUUAAUGUUGGCCAGCUAAAGGGACCCAACUGCACUCGUCUGAUAACUGAUAUUGCAGGGGAACCAUAUGCCAUUGCCAUCAAUCCUGUCAAAGGGAUGAUGUACUGGUCCGUUAUUGGCGACCACUCGCAUAUUGAGGAGUCGGCAAUGGAUGGCUCCAUGCGUAGAGUGCUACUGGACAAGAAUCUCCGAAGACCCACAGGAUUAGCAAUUGAUUUCUUCAGCCAGCGCCUGUACUGGGUUGAUGCAGAGCUCUCAGUCAUAGGGAGUGUGCGUUUCGAUGGUUCAGAUGCAUUGGUGGUGCUCAGUGGCAAACAUGGUAUACCACAGCCAUACAGGAUAGACAUCUUUGAGGAUCUGAUUUAUGGAACUGGUCUGAAACAUGAGGUGUUCAGGAUACACAAGUAUGGCAAGCAGUCUGCUGAGAUUCUGGAUCUUGGCAUAGAAAAAGCUACAAAUGUAAUGAUUGCCCAUCGUUUCAAGCAGCAAGAUGUGGCCAACCCAUGUCUGAAGAUAACCUGUGACUUCCUGUGCCUGCUCAACCCAAGUGGAGCCAGUUGUUCCUGUCCUGAAGGAAAGGCUCUGGUUAAUGGCUCUUGUACUGACCCUAACAUAUCAGGUGAGCUGUGCCGACCCCCCUGUGAGAACGGAGGCCGCUGCGUGGCCAAUGAGAAAGGGGACUGGCGAUGUUACUGCUGGCCCGAUUUCUCUGGAGAGCGCUGUGAAGUCAACCACUGCACAGACUACUGCUUAAAUGGGGGCACCUGCACAGGGUCUCCUCUAGGGAAACCCACGUGCCGCUGUGCCAUGGGAUUCACUGGUCCCAACUGUGAGCGGCAGGUCUGUGAUAAUUACUGCCUAAAUGGAGGGACAUGUGAAGUUAGCCAGGGGAACCAGCCCGUGUGCCGAUGCUUGGCAGAGUACACGGGUGAUCGCUGCCUCUACCACAUCUGUCACCAUUAUUGUGUAAACUCCAAGGCCUGCACGCUGUCCAGCUCAGGUCACGUGGAGUGUGUGUGUCCAGCUCGAUAUGAGGGGAUCAAAUGUGAUGUUGACAAGUGCCAACGAUGCCAUGGUGCUCCGUGUAUUAUUGAGGGGGAGACAGGAGACAUAGCCUGCAAUUGCACCAGUGGUAGAAUAGCAUCCAGCUGCCAGCUGUGUGAUGGCUACUGCUAUAAUGGUGGCACCUGUCAUCUGGACCCGGACACCAACCUGCCCUUCUGCCACUGCACAGCUGGGUUCAAGAACCAGCGAUGUGAUGAGCUGGCCAACCCCUGUGAUUACUACUGUCAGAAUGAGGGGAUAUGCACGAUAACCUUCCUUAACAAACCCCGCUGCAAGUGCUCAGCCAACUGGUCAGGGACGCAGUGUGAGAGGCCCGCCCCAAAGAGCAGCCGUUCCGACAACACAGCAGGAGGCAGCAUAGCCAUCAUUGUGCCACUGGUCCUGCUGGUCAUUUUGAUAACCUCGGUAGUGGCUGGGGUCUUCGUCUGCAGGCGACGUCAGAGGGGUAAGAGAGUGCAGCGGCAACCCAUGACCAACGGGGGCAUUAAUGUAGAAAUAGGAAACCCAUCUUACAAUAUGUACGAGGUGGACCAUGACAACCACGCAGAUGCUGGAAGCCUCCUCAAACCAAAUUUCACGCUGGAUCCACACAAGGGGUGGUGUGUAAAAUCCAGUGACCCUCGCACUCUGAACAUACACUCUGUUCCUAAAGAAGUUAUACCAGGACAGCCAAUGAAUUACUCCAACCCGAUGUAUGCCAAGAUAUACAUUGAUGGACAGACCUGUCGGAAGCCCGUCAUCAGCAUUGAUGAACGGAGAGAGCUACUCCCAAAGAAACUAGAAGGGACGAUUCGAGAAACCGCCGCAUAGCCUGACUUUACACUUUGUACACUUUUCUCUUUUCUUUUUUUUUUAUUUUUACGUCAAUGUACAAAAUGUAUAAAACACAUGGAGAAAAAGGAUUUUCUAUUUCAGGACCUGCUAACUCUGUUAGGUUUGCUUCUAUGUUUGGCGGCAGCGUUACCUCUCUGUAUCUGUGCUAUGAACUUCAGAGUUCAUACUUGUGUAUUCCAUUGUUUUGGUUUUUGUUUUUGUUGUUUGUCUUUUUUGUUUGUUUGUAUGUGUUAUACAUACAUAUACUGCACUGCACUAUAUAUAGAGCUGCUGAUUUGGAAAUUACUUAUCCAUAACAAGAAAAUUACAGUAGCACACAUACACACACAC